AUGAGUGAACAACCAAAAAAAUCAUUCUUGACCGAUUUCUUGAUGGGUGGUGUUUCAGCUGCCGUCUCAAAAACCGCUGCUGCUCCAAUUGAAAGAGUUAAAUUAUUAAUUCAAAAUCAAGAUGAAAUGAUCAAACAAGGUAGAUUAUCUCACAAAUAUAACGGUAUUGCUGAAUGUUUCAAACGUACCGCUGCUGAUGAAGGUAUCAUCUCAUUCUGGAGAGGUAACACCGCUAACGUUAUCAGAUAUUUCCCAACCCAAGCUUUAAACUUUGCUUUCAAAGAUAAAUUCAAAUCUAUGUUUGGUUUCAAAAAAUCUGAAGGUUACUGGAAAUGGUUCGCUGGUAACUUGGCUUCAGGUGGUUUAGCUGGUGGUUCUUCAUUAUUAUUCGUUUACUCAUUAGAUUACGCUCGUACCCGUUUGGCUAACGAUGCUAAAUCUUCUAAAGGUUCAGGUGAAAGACAAUUCAACGGUUUAGUUGAUGUUUACAGAAAAACUUUAGCUUCAGAUGGUAUUGCUGGUUUAUACCGUGGUUUCUUACCAUCAGUUGUUGGUAUUGUUGUUUACCGUGGUUUAUACUUUGGUUUAUAUGAUUCCUUAAAACCAGUUGUUUUAGUUGGUUCAUUAGAAGGUUCAUUCUUGGCUUCAUUCUUAUUAGGUUGGGUUGUUACCACUGGUGCUUCUACUGCUUCUUACCCAUUAGAUACCGUUAGAAGAAGAAUGAUGAUGACUUCAGGUCAAAAAGUUCAUUACUCUGGUGCUUUUGAUGCUUUCCGUAAAAUCGUUGCUGCUGAAGGUGUUAAAUCAUUAUUCAACGGUUGUGGUGCUAACAUUUUAAGAGGUAUUGCCGGUGCUUUAGUUAUCUCCUUAUACGAUAAAUUACAAGUUUUAUUAUUAGGUAAAAAACUCUAA